AUGAAAGCACAAGAGGCUUUGAUGGACAAAAUAUGCAUAAUUCGUUGCAAAAUCGACAGCACCGACAUCUGUAAUAGUACUGACGUACGCACGAUCAAUGGCUCUAGUUAUGUUUGCGUCGAUCCCACUAUUUGGAGCCGAAUGCAUAUCAAAACAAGGGAGAUGUCGAACAACGUAGAAUUUGUUGACGACGCCACUAAAAUCCUUGCCGAGGCACACUGCAAGUGCGGACAAACGAUCGGCACCGUCAUGAAAUACGCUGGAAUCUAUCUGCCGACACUCAAUAUUGGGAAUCUGAUGUUCUCAGAACGAAUCGAAGGUCAAGACGCUGCACCAGAAGCCAUCACCAACUGGGCAAAAGCCAACGAUCGGUUCUGGAUUCCGGAAGCAACAGAAAUUGCGUAA